AUGACUAGAACUAAUAAAUGGACUGUCCAUGAAGCUGCUUCUAAACCAAAAUGGUUCACCCAUAAUGGACAUUAUAACUGUGAUCCUACUAAAGUUAGAAAAAAUGGUGCUGGUAAGAAUAAUUGGGGUCAACCAGGGGAUGAAUUGAUGGAUGAUGAUGAUUUUGAAUCUUUCACUUUCUUCAAGCAAGAAAACAAAAGACGUAAUUCAAAUCAUAAUGUUAAUGAGUCCAAUUUAAAAUCAUUAAAUGACGAAAUGAAUAAUAAAUUCUAA